UUAAAUGAAACCACUAGUCAAGAACAGACUGAUUUUCCUGGGAAUGCAAAGUUCUUGGUGGCAACUCACGGCACUACUCCAAAGACAAAUUUGCAGGCAGUGCCUACGAUGGUUGGUAGUGAAAACGGCAGCAAAGUUGCAUUGCAUGACUCUGAGCUGUGUCUAGAAAUAGGAUUAAAUGUACCCAGACAAUCACAGAUUUCACAUAAUGGGAGGCAACCAGAUGUGGAAUUUGAGACGGCCAGAGGCAUUGAUGGUAAGCAACAACAACAUGUGAUCAAGUACCAAAAAGAGAAUGAAGGUCCAGCAUUGUGGCCAGGCUUGUCUCCAAGUUCAUCAUCUGCUGGGAUUACUGCUUCUUAUAUGCAGUCUUCUGCUGCUCAAGCUUCGGUUUGGCAGAAUGCUGCUAUUUGUGCCUCCAAGCAGGACAUAAUGGAAAGGUGUUCUUCUGGUGGAAAGAUUGCGGAAAUUGUUUUUCAAAAAAAGUCGUGGAAGAGGUGUGCAGCUCAUGUUCAUAUCAGUCAUCUCAUCCGGAGUUUAGAAGUGCCAAAAAGACAGGUUGCUAAAGAACCUGAGCUUUAUGAAUGUCAUCAAAUGAGAGGACACCAAGGAUCAAAAUGUGGAACUCUAAUGGAAGUGCACGACUUGAAUGGGAUGAGAAAUGGAAAUAGUUCUGCAUCUGGAACAGUUCAUUCUGCUACCACGAGGAAUUCCCAUGAAACCAAGAGUGGUAUUCUUCUGCAGCAGUGCCAUUAUCAUGACAUAUCUCAGGCUCCUCCAACACCUGGGGCGUAUGGUCAACAAAAGCAAAGUUUCAACUUCUUGUCCUUGUCGGCAGGAGGCAAUGGGUUCGAGGUCAACGAUAGUUUUAAUAAAGGUAGAAGCAGGUUGGAACCAUUGUCAAAAUCGCAAGUGCCUUAUUUUCAGUCACUACAGCAGCAGCAUGGGCUCAUGCCAAUACCUACGCCUCAAAGUCAGUAUGCCUCCGCUUCUUACCUUGAUCAGCUUCCUGCCGCAGGACCACAGGUUCGGUUGCAGCAACCUCGUCUUUAUGGUAGCUCGUUCUUCGGAACUCAUUAUGGUUCUACAGUUUCAAAUAAACUACAGCACCAAAGCUUUUGGACGUUGCAACUAGCAUCUCAAGGUAAGACUGCUGUAAAUGGCAAUAUUUUGACGGCCCAAUAUCCUAAUUGGCAAAGUGAGAGGCAUGACUCUUCUGCAAUGAGUCCAUGUGCCCAAGUAACCCUUCCCCGUUCCCAUGCAUCGCUAUAAGCACUGGGAUCCAAGAUCACCUCAAUCUCUGAGCAACAGCUCUUUAUCCUUGCUUCGUCAUUG